UUCCAUUGCAUGUCAAUGUCGUGCUUCAACCUGGAUAUGCUCUUCAAGCCAGCACUACGUCUUGGGCUGGCACUGAAGGGCGUUCAAGACUACGUGUGCUACCAGCCAGCCGUUCCCGACAAGAAGGAGCACAUUGGGUCCAAAUCUGAUAUUCCUUCCGUGGCCAUGCCAAUGUUUGCGCCACCAAGCACAGAGGCUGAUCUUCAGAAAAUGCGACAAUUGAUUGCUGAUGACGUUCCAUUCCUGAUCCAGUGGCCUGAGGAUCAUCCAGUUAUACCCGCAGAGAAAUCUCAAGCAGUUGAGGCCUAUUUGCAUAAGACACUCGCUGAGGACGGCUACAAGGAUGAUGACGAAUUCCUUAUCGUGAAAUUUGAGAAGUGGCAUGAGAACUACGGAGAACUGGACAAAUUUGUCCAGGGAAUUCUCCCUAGGCUUCGCCAUCCCCGAUUGAAUUAGCCUUUGUGGUUCUUGGGCAAUUACUCCACUUCUUGAUGCUAUGUUCGGCUCCGUGAACGUAUACUACAUGGCUCAUGGCAGCAAAAACGUGAAGAUCUUGACAAGGGCAGCGACAGAACGUCUUCCAGUUCACUUCAAGGAUGACUACUUGUUUCCGCUGGAUUCAAGUGAGAUACCAAAGUACCCAUCAUAUGAGGGAGUCUUGAAAGAGAAUUCCGCGCUUGCCUUCAUAUUUUCGAGAACUUGCCUGGCCCAAAGCCCCGGGCGCUUUCGUCGAGGCUGAAGUAUACAGGUAAAGUUCAUCCCUUGAUCAUUGAAACAGCUAUGUGCAGCUGGGACUAUGUCGAGCAUGUGACCAAACUUAUUCGCAAUGCCGCUACCAAGGGCAAGCUGUUGAGGACAAAUUUUGUAAAUUGAGUGCUGCUCCAAUCCACUGCAUUUGCAUCGACAAAUGAUUGGAGUUGCUGCGAAGCCGCAGCACUUUUGUUUUUCGUUGCCCUUGUCGCCUGGACAUCCAUAGAGAGACUUUGCAGUCCACAAGCCGGAAAGGAGACUGAACCCAGGACAAGCGGUCUUGCAACGUCCAACAAUCCAGUCAUAUGACAUUGUCAUGGACAGGCAGCAGGCUGAGAUUAGACAAUUUGAGGCUGUGCUUUUCGAAUGAAAGUUGCACACUGCCCUCACUUAGCGAUGUGCAUGUUCAAUACUUCAGAGGCUAACAAAAAUGUGCUGCCCUUCACCCUCGCUGCACUCGUGUUGGAGUUACAAUUUGUCAUGCUUAGCUGCAUUUGCUGAACUUGGAAGCAACUUGGCUACAGCAAAGGCUGUGGAGGGUUCUAGGUUCUACAUCAUUAGUUAGGUUGUUUUUCUUCCGUCGCAUGUCAAUGUCGUGCUUCAACCUGGAUAUGCUCUUCAAGCCAGCACUACGUCUUGGGCUGGCACUGAAGGGCGUUCAAGACUACGUGUGCUACCAGCCAGCCGUUCCCGACAAGAAGGAGCACAUUGGGUCCAAGUCUGAUAUUCCUUCCGUGGCCAUGCCAAUGUUUGCGCCACCAAGCACAGAGGCUGAUCUUCAGAAAAUGCGACAAUUGAUUGCUGAUGACGUUCCAUUCCUGAUCCAGUGGCCUGAGGAUCAUCCAGUUAUACCCGCAGAGAAAUCUCAAGCAGUUGAGGCCUAUUUGCAUAAGACACUCGCUGAGGACGGCUACAAGGAUGAUGACGAAUUCCUUAUCGUGAAAUUUGAGAAGUGGCAUGAGAACUACGGAGAACUGGACAAAUUUGUCCAGGGAAUUCUCCCUAGGCUUCGCCAUCCCCGAUUGAAUUGGCCUUUGUGGUUCUUGGGCAAUUACUCCACUUCAGGACCUCAUGUUGAUGCUAUGUUCGGCUCCGUGAAUGUGUACUACAUGGCUCAUGGAAGCAAAUACGUGAAGAUCUUGACAAGGGCAGCGACAGAACGUCUUCCAGUUCACUACAAGGAUGACUACUUGUUUCCGCUGGAUUCAAGUGAGAUACCAAAAUACCCAUCAUAUGAGGGAGUCUUGAAAGAGAAUUCCGUGCUGGUCUUCAGCAAUUCCGCUUGCCUUCAUAUUUUCGAGAACUUGCCUGGCCCAAAGCCCCGGGCGCUUUCGUUGAGGCUGAAGUAUACAGGUAAAGUUCAUCCCUUGAUCAUUGAAACAGCUAUGUGCAGCUGGGACUAUGUCGAGCAUGUGACCAAACUUAUUCGCAAUGCCGCUACCAAGGGCAAGCUGUUGAGGACAAAUUUUGUCAAGUGAGUGCCACUGCAUCUGCAUCGACAAAUGUUGCUGUAGCUUUGCAGCACGCUCGUCCUUUUUGGCUCCUAGAGGAUUUCCGGACUGUUUCUGGAGACUUCAUCCUGCAUUGAUCUGAAAUGAAACAAAACACAUAUGAUAUAUUCAUAAGAUUAUGUACAUAAAUAGGGAAACAGCGAAAGAUUGCAUAAGAAAAAUAUCUAUUAUAUAUUUAAAUAUUCUUUUUCAAG